GUUUCUGACUUCCCUGAGAUAAUUACAACCCUCUUAAUUUCUCCCCCAAACACCCCAAACAUCUCUCAAACGUCUCAAGUCUCAAAUUCCCUGGUUGAUUUCUGCGACUUUUAUUUUAGCUCGUUUAGUUUCGUUUCUUUUUUGCAAAUCCAAAUACUCAAAGAGAUAUUCUUACCGAAAAUUGCACACGGAGAACAAAAAAGGUAUGUACGAACAUGCGUAGAUAUUUAAUUUAAUUAAUAUCGUUUUUUGGAAGAUGCUCGGAAGAAACGAGGCGGUUAAUGAACGAGGUCGAUCGAACUAUUCGACCGGAAGAUGUUUCCUGGGACGAGGAGAGCGUUCCGAGCUUAAAGACCCUCGCUCUCCGUGUCAUAGCCUCCGUGUGGAAGAAAAAUCCGAUACUCGAGGAAUUACCGACAUGCGAGGAUAGAAAUAUGCUGAUGGAAAUUCUGCCUACCGACCUGCCGUUCGAGUUGACUAUAAGAAAAAUCGAGAACGAAUAUUAUUGGGAACGUUGCUCAAAAGCCAGAUGGCAACACAACGACUGCGCCAAACACGGCAAUUCCUGGCGGCGUCGUUACUGCGAGGGUGCUCUUCGCGAAUAUUUGGAGAACCUCGAGCCAACUUUCUUUCAAUCCCAAAAGGAAGAUUGUAAAAAUAUGAUUACACUUGUGCGCGAUUAUGUGCACACCCUGGAACUACGUUCUUUGCUACCGACCAAGAAGCACAAGACAUCUCUGAACGAAGAAGAUCCGUGUCUAGUAGAGGAAGCACCCGUCCAUCAUAUCCCGCUAGAGCUUAUCCUGCCACAGUUCCCUAAUCUUGCCGAGAUUCGUAUUAAUUUCGGGCUCGUUUAUAUGAACGAUGGUUUCGAGUGGCGAGACUUUGAGAUUUCCAUGGAAGAUUGCAUUGGUCUUGGCCGUGGGAUUAAAGCUUGCCCGCGAUUGAAGAAGUUUACUUUAACCAGGAGUAAUCUGGAUCAGCCACGUGUGGCGGCUCUUCUUCAAGGAAUGCUGGAGAACGACAGUAUCGAGGAGAUGGACUUUUCUCAUUGCAAACUGGCUGACAAAGGAGCCCUGGCAGUUGCUGAAUUCCUCAGCCAGAAAAAGAUAAAAAUACUGCAUUUGGCCAACAACGACAUUGGGGCGGAAGGCGUGGCUGGUAUAGUUUACGGGCUCUUAAAGACCGAGCACACGAUACUGCAGCAUCUGAAUUUGAAGUUAAAUCCUUUGUUAGACAACGGAGCGUUUCAGACGUGUGCCUAUCUGUUGAGAAGCAAAAGUUUGCAAGUUCUCGACGUGAGUGCCUGCGGGAUAGGGGCUGCUGGAGGUACUGCACUUGCCGAAGUAUUGACUUCCGCAAAGUCUGAGAAUUUGACUCUUAACGUGUCGAACAACGAUUUUAACGAAACAAUUGGCGAGUUAUUUGAAAGAGCGUUGAAAGACGCUCCGUUUAUAGUGGGAUUCGAGGCUCGAAUGUGCAACUUCUCCAGGCAAUCAGAAUACUCUAUCCACGAGAGUGUAUUCAGAAACAGACAGAGAAGGAGGAAGCGAAGAGGAGACGAAGCGAAUGCUCGAAAAAGCACAGAAGUAUGACUCUCCUCUAUUCACAGAAUAAAUUAACCAACUACCAAAUAUACCAGACACACCAAUAAAGUAAA